AUAAAACGACACGUGUCGUCUUUGUUCGGACUUCUGCAAUGUCCUAUAGUUCUAUUUUUUACUACCAUAGCUACACGGCAUCUAUCUAUAAAAGAAAGUCAUUGUCAAAUUAACUCCAUAAUUCCUAUAUCGACAUUACAUGGUAGUAACUGACACGCUCAAAAGAAACUACAACAAGAAAUUAUUUAAAUUAAAACAAAACAAACAAAAAAACAUGGCAGUACAUAUUAAGAUGGCUUCAACAAAUGGAACAAUUUGUAAUGAAUUAAAUGGUUUUGAUACGUUAAAGCUGAAAAAUGCCAUCAACGGUAAUUUUUCUGAUGAUAUAGUCAACGGGAUAUGUGAGAAACCUGUUGAAAAUGGCACACAUACUCGUGACGAAACUACUCCUGGUAAAGAUGAUCUGCAGUUUCUAAGAAAGGUGACAGAUGUUGUGAUAAAAGAUGCUUUAAUUGGGGCGAUGGAUAGAAAAACGCGUGUUUGUAACUUUCAUCAACCGGAGAAAUUGCGGACAAUGCUGAAGGAAUUGAAGAUCUCCAAAGAACCAGCAAGUGAAGACAGCCUGUUGAACAUGUGUAAAGAUGUUAUACAAUACAGUGUCAAAACAUCAAAUCCACGGUUCUUUAAUCAGUUAUAUGGUGGUAUGAAUCAGUAUUCACUAGCGGGUAACUGGCUGACAGAUGCCUUAAAUCCUAGUAUAUAUACAUACGAGGUAGCUCCAGUCUUUACUUUGAUGGAGGAAGAAAUAUACAGUAAAAUGUUACAUUACGUUGGAUUUGACGGUGGUGAUGCUAUCUUUGUACCAGGAGGAUCAAUGGGAAACAUGUAUGGAAUGAACAUUGCACGUUAUGCGAGAUUUCCAGAGAUCAAAACUGACGGGUUAUAUGCUGUCAAGAAACCUAUUUGUGUGUUCACGUCUGAAAAGUGUCAUUAUUCGGUGACGAAGAGUGCAGCUUUGAUGGGUAUCGGUAUAAACAAUAUCAUCUAUGUAAAGUCGGACAAAAUUGGUAAAAUGAUACCAGAAGAACUAGAUCGAGAGAUAAACGCGGCCAAAGAAAAGGGUUACGAGCCAUUCUUUGUAAAUGCUACAGCAGGGACAACAGUUUUAGGAGCUUAUGACCCUAUCGAUGAGAUAUCAGAUAUCUGUAAAAAGCAUGGCCUCUGGCUUCACGUGGACGGCGCGUGGGGCGGAAGUGCAGCAAUUUCUACCGAAUACAAGUAUCUUGUAAAGGGAAUUGAAAAAGCUGAUUCAAUGAUAUGGAACGCACAUAAGAUGAUGGGUGUCCCCCAGCAAUGCUCUAUAUUUCUUACAAAGCACAAGGAUAUAAUAAAAGAAUGCCACAGCGCUAACGCAGGUUAUUUGUUUCAACCAGACAAGCACUAUGAUGUCUCAUUUGACACUGGUGAUAAAUCUGUACAAUGUGGUAGAAAAGUUGAUGUGUUUAAACUGUGGAUGUUAUGGAAGAAGGAAGGUGAUAGUGGUAUGGAAAAUCGGAUAGAUCACCUGUUUAUGUUGUCUAGAUAUUUAGCGGACCUGUUGAAGCAGAAAGAGGGAUUCAGACUUAUACAGGAACCAGAGUGUACUAAUGUAUGUUUCUGGUAUAUACCACCAAGCUUAAGAGGUCAAGAGGAGUCAGAAGAAUGGUGGGAUAAACUUGCUAAGGUUGCCCCAGCAAUCAAGGCUGGUAUGAUGCAGUGUGGCUCAAUGAUGAUCGGAUAUAACCCUGACGGAGAUCUCAUCAACUUUUUCAGAAUGGUCCUCACUAAUUGUGACACAAAAACAAAAGAUAUGGAUUUCCUGGUGCAGGAAAUAGAUAGACUAGGCCGUGAUUUAUAAUGGGAUGGGGCAAUAAUAAACCAAUGAUAGUUAUUAGUCGUAUUACUUAGACGCAAAGUGCAAUCGCUUAUCUCAUAUCUUGCUUUUAUUACUUUGACCUCUAUGAUAUUAACCUUCAAGGUAAACUUUCAGAAUUCAGGAAUUUUCACCAUGGAAUAUUGACAAUUUUGGACGUCAUGAAAAAUAUUGUCGUCAUCUUACUGAUACAGUAAUCGAUUUUUAUUGGUAAAUAUUAUCAUAUAUACUAUGUUUAUCAUUGUUUGCCAACGUAACCUACAAAAGAAACUACCAGACACCUAAGAUCAUACAUAUUUACAAAUAGUUCAAGUCGGCUC